AUGACCACCACUGUAGGGCAGUUGAUUGAUAUCUUCUACUCACAGCCAGCGUUUCCCGAACCUGAGUUUUCUACCGACCCACAGCCGAAUCUGAGUCGGAAAGGAUGGACGGAUCAUUUCGAGCCGAUAACUCGACGAAGCGUCUACCAACCAACCAAGGAAUCUAUCGACGGCUUUCUGGGUCCUGGCCUUGACACCGAGCAUCGGGCCUUAUCCGAAAUUGAUGAUGCUGGUCUUCGAAACCCAGUCCACUCGCUGAAUUCAGCUUCCGAAUCAAUCCUGAGCGAAGGCGACGUGGACCGUGAUUUCUAUCAAUAUUUCGAACCUGGCUUUCGUUUCGCCUUCACCGGCAGGCCAUUCUUCUGGCCGAGGUCGCUGGCGGGCCCGACCGGACCGACAAACACGCCGGUUACAGUCGACUACCAGUUGACUUGGCCCAUGCAAAACAAUAUAGAGAGAGCCGCCAUAAUCGGCGAGAUGAAGCAGCCGUUCGUAAUUAAAGAGCUUGAAUGGACGACGGGCCAAGCUCCUUCCACCCUGACGCAGAGGCUUCAAAGGGAGAUGCGGGGAUACGCAUAUCAUUACCGGUGCCCGCAGGUUUUCGUGUUUGAUUCGGUACACCUCCUCGUCGUACAAUUCAGAGCCAGGGAUAGAGAGGAUAUCAAGAGUCCUGGUUGCCCUGUCGACUGUUGCGUCAUACCGCGGCACCCUAAGUACCAGGAUCAGUGCACAAUUCAGUACGCACUGUAUCGAUUAGCUUGGAGAGGCUGGAUGCGCCUGUCGGCGACGCUGGCAAACGGGGGCUCGCUGCCUGUUAGCAUUGGUGGGAUAAACCGUGUCUACGAGAAAUGGUCAGGGCGGCCGAUGUGGGAAGUGGCUCUUGGCGCGUACGAAUUUGGUCAGCCCAACGGAUACAGACGCCAGUUUAUAAGGGAUCAGACGGGCGGGUUCUGGGUCUGGGUAGACAACGACAGGAACAUAUUGACGUACGACACUGGGAACUGUUUGCAGUAA